GUGAAGCGAAAUCUUGUUUGUUUUGGGCGCAGAAAUCAUACGCCGUAAACUAACCUUCAUGUGCCUUGUGCGGUGUAAUAGUCAGUUUUUAAGAAGCGCUAAGUUUUGUGUUAUAUAGGGAAUCACGCAAUCGUAUUUUUUUUCUGUCUACACUGUAGACUUUCACUUUAUUAGUUGAAAAUGACUAAGCGGCCCUGGGAACUAUCUAGCGCUAUGCUACAAGCCAUACAAGUGGAUGAUGUUGAAGCGGCUGAACGAAUUUUGAAUACAGGGUUUGAUGUGGACACUAUUGUAAUGCAUUCCAAAUCUGCUGUGACUCUAUGCAUUGAAAGGAAUGCUAUAAAAAUAGCAAAACUCUUAAUUCAGAAAGGUUGUAGUUUAAGUUCCAAAGUUGUACCUGGAUAUAGUCCACUUCACUUGGCUGUCCAGAAUUCUGAUUAUGCUUUGACAAAGUUGCUUUUAGAAAACAGAGCUGACGUUACUAGCAUCGAUGGACUAGGUCAAAUACCUCUACAUAUUGCCUGCAAAAGAAAUUCUUUAGAUAUUGUAAAGUUGUUACUCGAGAAAUCAACUAAAUCCAGUUUAAGUAAGCGUGAUGUAGAUGGAGCCACUCCUUUAUUAGUAGCUUGUAGGCACAGUUGUCCAGAAAUAGUCAAACUCCUCUUGUCUAAAGGCAGUAUUGUAUGUACAAGUGACAGACUGGGAAAUGGUGAAAUUCUUAGUGCCACAUCUAACACAGCAGAAUAUGCUACAUGUAUUAUACCUAUGCUUUUAGAUGCUGGUGCAUUGAUAAACCAAAGUAAUGUUCAUAGGGAAACAGCUUUACUCAGGGCUGUUACACAAGUUAGCAAUAUAACAGAGUCAUGUCAAAAACAUUCAUAUACAGAUCUGUGUAUGCUCUUGAUUAAUAGUGGAAGUGAUGUUAAUGCCAUCAAUUGCCUUGGUCAGACGCCUCUUCAUUUGGCAGUGUCUUCAAAUAAUGAACUUCUAGUUCGAAAACUCCUGGUUUCCGGAAGUAAUAUCGACUGCCGAGAUGAUUUAAAUUUUGUUCCCUUAUUCUAUGCAUGUCGAAAUGGAAAUCAAAGGCUAGUUCAAUUACUCGUUAGCUGUGGUGCAAAUUUGCAAGCUCAUGAUUGGGAAAACUGUAUGACUAUGUUUGGAAAUGAAGAAACUAUUUCACUUUUAAGUUAUCUUAUGCACAAAUCUAAACAGUGUCACACAUUAGAAAACUUAUGCAAUAUACUUAUCAGAAAAAGUCUUAAAAAUGUUGAGAAAGAUGUCUGUCAACUGCCUCUACCUCCAUCACUGAUUCAGCACAUACAGCUUAAAGAUUGAUGGCAGUGUGUAUUUUAAUCUGUAUGAUAUAUCUACGAAAAUAUUGUAAAAUGGACUGUUUACAUCACUUUUAAUUAUUCACAAUCAUUAACAUGUUAAGUUUUAAAAUUAAUAAAGGAUAAAAAAAUUCA